AUCUGCUUAAAGGGGCCGCAGGCUCUUCCCUCGAUCCUCCUCCCCCAAACCCCGCUCGGCGACCGCGUCUCCAGGGCUCCCAGCAACUGACUGAGAACGUUUCCCUUACCCUCUGGAACAGCCCGCCAGCGAGGAAAGGCGAACCGGGCGGGAAGCAAAGAGGAGACACGGCAUUUCUAAGAGGCAAGAAAGAAAGAAAGGAAGGAAGGGGAAAAAAUACCCCAAGCGGCGCACAGUGGACUCUGGUCGUGGGGAGCGCGGCCGGGAGCCGAAACGUGGACCAGGAGGCACCGGAAUGCAAACAAAGCUCGCAGGCGCCUUUGCAGAGCUCGCGGGGAAGCCGAGAAAGUUUGUUUUAUGAUGGCUUGAGUGCACGAGUGUGUGCAGGGGAGCGAGGCUGCCAAGUUUCUCUCUCCCGUUGCAUUAUCUGGGGGGCAGGGGCUAGGGAGAUGACUCUCCCAUGAACCAGCGGAGGCUUGGGGGCUUGUACUGUGGGGGGCACCUGCCUCUCAUUUUAUUAUUAUUUUUUUGGGGGGGAGGAGGGGUGUAACUCAUAAUGUCGAAAGUGAUUCAAAAGAAGAACCACUGGACUAGCAAGGUUCACGAAUGCACUGUGAAGCGGGGACCACUGGGCGAGCUUGGGGUGACAGUGCUGGGGGGCGCGGAGAAUGGGGAGUUUCCGUAUAUCGGAGCGGUGGUAGCCUACGAGGCGGCCGGGCUUCCCGGAGGCGGCGAAGGCCCAAGGCUGAGUGAAGGGGAGCUUCUCCUGGAGGUGCAAGGGAUUCGGGUGUCCGGCUUGCCCCGCUAUGACGUUCUGGGAGUCAUCGACAGCUGCAAGGAGGCCGUCACCUUCAAAGCCGUCAGACAAGGAGGAAAGCUGAACAAGGACCUGCGACAUUUUCUUAAUCAGCGGUUCCAGAAAGGAUCUCCUGAUCAUGAGCUCCAGCAGACCAUAAGGGAUAACCUCUACCGCCAUGCUGUGCCUUGCACAACCCGAUCUCCAAGAGAAGGAGAAGUGCCUGGCGUGGACUAUAACUUUCUGACUGUGAAGGAGUUCUUGGACCUUGAACAGAGCGGGACUCUUCUGGAAAUUGGCACGUAUGAAGGAAACUAUUAUGGGACACCCAAACCUCCUAGCCAGCCUGUCAGUGGGAAAGUGAUUACUACGGAUGCCUUGCAAAGCCUUCAGUCUGGCUCCAAGCAGUCGACCCCAAAGCGAACCAAGUCCUACAAUGAUAUGCAAAAUGCUGGCAUAGUCCACACUGAGAAUGAGGAGGAGGAUGAUGUUCCUGAAAUGAACAGUAGCUUUACAGCCGAUUCUGGUGACCAAGAAGAGCACACCCUCCAAGAAACAACACUACUGCCUGUGAAUAGUAGCGCCAGUGCUGCUCCCAUCACGGACCCUUCUCAGAAGUUCCCUCAGUACCUACCUCUUUCUGCAGAGGAUAAUUUAGGUCCUCUACCUGAAAACUGGGAGAUGGCCUAUACCGAAAAUGGAGAAGUCUAUUUUAUAGACCAUAACACAAAAACUACAUCUUGGUUAGACCCUCGGUGCCUGAACAAGCAGCAGAAGCCUCUGGAAGAAUGUGAAGAUGAUGAAGGGGUCCACACCGAGGAGCUGGACAGUGAACUAGAGUUGCCUGCUGGUUGGGAAAAGAUUGAAGACCCUGUGUAUGGUAUCUACUAUGUAGACCACAUCAACAGGAAGACACAAUAUGAAAAUCCAGUUCUAGAAGCCAAACGGAAGAAACAGCUUGAACAGCAACAGCAGCAGCAGCAGCAGCAGCAGCAACAGCAACAGCAACAGCAACAGCAGCAGCAACAGCCAGAAGAAUGGACAGAAGAUCAUUCAUCGCUUGUGCCUCCUGUUACUUCCAACCACCCCCCAAGCAAUCCGGAGCCAACCAGAGAAGCUCCACUUCAGGGCAAACCCUUUUUUACACGAAACCCUUCGGAGUUGAAAGGUAAGUUCAUUCACACGAAGCUGCGGAAAAGCAGUCGUGGCUUUGGCUUCACUGUCGUUGGAGGGGACGAACCUGACGAGUUUCUGCAGAUCAAGAGCUUGGUCCUAGAUGGUCCUGCUGCUUUGGAUGGCAAGAUGGAAACAGGUGAUGUGAUUGUCAGUGUGAACGACACCUGUGUUUUGGGACACACACAUGCACAAGUCGUGAAAAUCUUUCAGUCCAUCCCCAUUGGCGCCAGUGUGGACCUUGAACUCUGCAGAGGUUAUCCGUUGCCCUUUGACCCAGAUGACCCCAAUACAAGCUUAGUGACAUCAGUGGCCAUUUUGGAUAAAGAACCAAUUAUUGUGAAUGGGCAAGAGACCUACGAUUCUCCAGCUAGUCACAGUAGUAAAACCGGCAAAGUCAACGGCAUGAAGGAUGCCAGGCCAAGCAGCCCUGCUGAUGUGGCUUCAAAUGGUUCCCAUGGUUACCCCAAUGACACUGUCUCUUUGGCUUCUUCCAUAGCCACUCAGCCAGAACUCAUAACUGUUCACAUAGUCAAAGGGCCAAUGGGCUUUGGUUUUACCAUCGCAGACAGUCCUGGGGGUGGUGGCCAAAGAGUGAAGCAGAUUGUUGACAGCCCAAGGUGCCGAGGCCUGAAAGAAGGGGAUCUGAUAGUGGAAGUUAAUAAGAAGAAUGUGCAGGCGCUGACUCACAACCAAGUCGUGGACAUGCUGAUUGAAUGUCCAAAGGGAAGUGAGGUCACACUGUUGGUGCAACGAGGAGGGCUGCCAGUUCCCAAGAAGAGCCCAAAGUCGCAACCACUGGAAAGAAAAGACAGCCAGAAUAGUUCUCAGCACAGUGUUUCCAGCCACCGAAGCCUGCACACAGCCUCCCCAAGCCACAACACGCAGGUACUCCCUGAGUACCCACCUGCAGAGGACUCUGCUCCAGAUCAGACCGACAGCUCUGGGCAGAAAAAACCAGAUCCUUUUAAAAUCUGGGCCCAGUCCAGGAGCAUGUAUGAAAACCGACCUAUGUCACCUUCGCCUGCAUCGGGAUUGAGCAAGGGUGAAAGAGAGAGAGAAAUCAAUUCUUCGAAUUUUGGAGAAUGUCAGAUUCCAGAUUACCAAGAGCAGGAUAUCUUCCUCUGGAGAAAAGAGACUGGAUUUGGAUUUAGGAUUCUAGGUGGAAAUGAACCAGGGGAACCUAUUUAUAUCGGUCACAUUGUACCAUUGGGUGCUGCUGAUACGGAUGGCCGCCUGAGGUCUGGGGAUGAAUUAAUCUGUGUGGAUGGGACACCAGUAAUUGGAAAAUCACACCAGCUUGUGGUCCAGCUUAUGCAACAAGCCGCCAAACAAGGCCACGUCAAUCUCACAGUGCGGCGUAAAGUGGUGUUUGCCGUCCCCAAAACAGACAACGAGAUGCCCUCGCCAGCCUCGUCUCAUCACAGUAGCAACCAGCCAGCAUCGCUGACCGAGGAGAAGCGCACCCCGCAAGGCAGCCAGAACUCCUUAAACACUGUGAGCUCCGGCAGCGGCAGCACCAGUGGCAUUGGCAGCGGCGGGGGCGGGGGCAGUGGCGUGGUAAGCACCGUGGUGCAGCCCUACGACGUGGAGAUCCGGCGCGGGGAGAAUGAGGGCUUCGGCUUCGUCAUUGUGUCCUCGGUAAGCCGGCCUGAAGCAGGCACCACUUUCGGCAAUGCAUGUGUAGCUAUGCCUCACAAAAUAGGUCGGAUUAUUGAGGGGAGCCCUGCUGACCGAUGUGGCAAGCUGAAAGUAGGAGACCGGAUCUUGGCAGUUAAUGGAUGUUCCAUCACCAACAAGUCCCAUUCAGACAUUGUCAACCUAAUCAAGGAAGCAGGAAACACAGUUACCCUCCGCAUCAUUCCCGGGGAUGAGUCUUCCAAUGCCAGUCUGCUGACUAAUGCGGAGAAGAUCGCUACCAUCACCACCACGCACGCGCCCUCUCAGCCAGGGGCCCAGGAGGCCAGGAAUACCACCACCAAGACAAAGCCGGAAUCUCAGUUUGAGUUCAAAGCACCCCAGGCAACACAGGAACAAGAUUUUUACACUGUGGAACUAGAAAGAGGGGCCAAGGGAUUUGGCUUCAGUCUUCGAGGGGGCCGAGAGUAUAACAUGGACCUGUAUGUUCUGCGCUUAGCAGAGGACGGUCCUGCAGAAAGGUGUGGAAAGAUGAGGAUUGGUGAUGAAAUUUUAGAGAUCAAUGGCGAGACCACCAAAAACAUGAAGCAUUCUCGGGCUAUAGAACUGAUUAAGAAUGGUGGCCGCAGAGUACGUCUGUUUCUGAAGCGGGGAGACGGCUCAGUACCAGAAUAUGCGAUGAUACCUCCUAAUAUCGCUGCAUGUAUGAGAAAUGAAAAGCACGGGGAGGCUUGCUUCUACCUUAUGGGCCAUAAUCAAACUACGACCCCAGCAGCGACCGGAACGGCCCCCCCACCGGUCCACAAGGUGUUCCGGAAAUGAGGGCAGGGCCAACUGACCGCCGCCAGCAUCCGUCAUUGGAGUCCAGUUAUCCACCAGAUCUUCACAAAUCAUCACCACACGGGGAAAAGCGGGCACACGUGAAAGAUCCAAAAGGCAGCAGAGAGCAUAGCAGACAACCCAAUGAACAUCAUACAUGGAACGGAACUUCUAGAAAACCCGACACUGGGGCAUGCCGACCCAAGGACCGGGCAUCUGAGGGGCGGAGAGAAGCACAGCCUGAGCGGAUGGCGACCAAUGGUCCCAAGAGGAGAUCUCCAGAGAAGCGGAGGGAAGGCACUCGGAGUGCUGAUAACACUUUGGAAAGAAGGGAGAAGCACGAGAAGAGAAGGGAGAUUUCUCCAGAGAGGAGGCGAGAGCGGUCACCCACCCGCAGAAGAGACAGCUCGCCCAGCCGGCGGAGGCGGUCUCUGGAAAGACUGCUGGAUCAGAGGCGAUCUCCAGACAGGCGGAGAGGGAGCUCUCCCGAAAGGAGGGCGAAGUCCACCGACCGCAGGCGAGCACGGUCCCCUGAGCGGAGGCGAGAGCGGUCUCUAGAGAAAAGGAACCGCGAGGACAAAGUCAGCCACCGGGAAAGGGACGAGCCCAGUCUGAAACAGGAUGCCGGCAGAAGUUCCAGGCAUGCCCCUGAGCAGAGAAGGCGACCUUACAAAGAAUGUAGCACCGACCUCAGUAUCUGAGACGGAAUUGCAUUCCAACCUUUACCGUGUCAAAGGUUCUUAGAGGAAAGUCACAAACCUGAAAUAAUUUCGUUUCUUACCUAAUGAAGCAUCUGACACCUGGUGAUCCUAUGAAUAGCAACAAACGUUUAUGCAUUCAAAAUCUUAUAAGAAAAAAAUAUAUAUGAAAAGUGUUGUGCCUGAUGUAUAUUAAAAUAUUUUUAAAUGCAUACUUUUUUGGAAGUUAUUUGUUUUGCCAAAUGUUGCCCCAAAGGGAUAUAAAUUUUGUUUCUACAUAAUCUGUAGAAUUGUCAAGAAUCGUUCCCCCUUUUGGGCAAUCUUUUACUCUCCUGGUUAAAUGAGGCUAUUGAUCAUUUUCUCUAAGGGAAAUUAAGUUGAUUUCAUUUGACAUAGACUAUAUGGAGUGAUGUAGUGCUAUACUAUAGUUAGGAAUUUUUCUUAACAAAGAGCAAACGGUGAAAGUUAUAUUUCUAAAAACUUAAGACUUGUGGGGUGGGGUGGGAUUGCAGAUAAUCCUAAAGUUAAGGAACCUGUUCGAUGAGACUACUAUUGGGAAUGAAGGAUAUUUAUAGCUAAGCUACACAGCACAAAGAAAGACAUUCUCUAGUUACUGACUCAGAAAAUAAUACGGAUUCUCCCUGGCCAUAGAAGACCAGAAAGUAAGUUGGCCACCAUCACCUGCAUGUAGCUCCAGCACAGGUAGCCAGGUUCAUUAAGAUCUCCCUGAGGCGGCAACAUCACAGCUUUGCUCAACUACUAGAAGGAUUUGGACAACUAACACCUUCUGUGUUGCCUGCUUUUGAGGCUGAUAGUACAUGGAAGGGGGACAGUGUGCCCCAUGUGAGGGAGCCAUGAGAAACCCCAAUACUGACAGUGUGCCCCCCUUUUUAGCAUAAGCCUGUGGUUGUCCUUUACCAAAUUGGGGAAAGGGAACAAGUGAUGGCAGAAGGAAACUCUCUGUUGUUAUUUUUGAAAAUGAGAUGGGAGUGUUCUUUCUCAGACAUGCAGAUUUUCCUUUGAUGCCCUGCUGCAAGGCCCCAGCAUGGUGGGGCUGACAGGGUGGAAAAGGCUCACUCCAGUGGUUCUUGGCCUAGUUGGCAAACUUCUGCCUGUAUGACCCUGUCCUUUUAGUCUUUGGACAGCAGGAUAAAGCAAUUAUUUUUCUUUUAAAAUGACCCAUUCUUUGCCAUCAUCGUGCAAGAGGUGUGGUGGGUGGGCCAUAGCCUUAGGGUGGUGGAAAUGGAUUACUGCCUCGCUGAGCCAAAUGUUUGCUUGUACCUGUUGGACCACUACAGCAAACUGCUGCUUACAGUGCAUUGCGUAUUUCUGUAGUACUGUUUUGCAUUUUCCAUACAUACACAAAACUUUACAAGUCAAUCACUGUUGUUUUAGGGUACUGUUUAAAAAAAGUAAAAAGAAAACAAUGGAGAAAACCAGCCAAUUAUUGUGUGUACAGUUUAAAAUUGUAAUUAAUAGAGCCUGUUUAAAAAAAAAAAACAACUGUUGCCUUUUUCUUGUAUAAAAGAGAAUUUAUGACAAAAAAUUUAGCUGUGAGGAAUGUGAUAUGUGUUUAUAUUUCUGAAUAUGGAAUAAAUUGAUUCAUCGGGAUAUAUUUUAAUGUAAACUAAAUCAGGUAUGUAAAGCUGUUUUAAAUGGGGAAACUAUAUAAGUAAUUCCUAAAGCUUUAGUUGGGUUGAAUAUCAUUUCCUCCAUGGUGAGCCUGCUCUUGUGAAUUAUUAAGCACCUGUUUGCUUUCUUUGUUCUUCACUCAUUUCUUGCAGUGUGCUAUGGACUUAAUGCUCUCUCUAUUGAUGAAAAGCGAUAUGUGGGCCAAUUUUUUUAUAAAACACUAUGCAUAUAUAAAUAUUACAUUGUUCAUAGCUUUAUUUGAUUUAUGGGUUUAUAUAUAACAUUAGAAUGAGUAGCUGUAGUUGUGUGGACACUCAAGAAACAAGUUCCUUUCCUGGAACAAACGCAAAAUACAUUCUAUCACUAAAAAGGAGAGAAACAUCUGUGACUCCUAUUUUUAUAAUGCAAGUUUUCCAUACAAAGCAUAUAUUGAACUGUAGUAUGAAGGCUGAGAGAGAAUACAAUUGAAUAAUGAUGCUCUUUUUCAUUAAUUUCUUAUGAACCAACUUGGAAUUUUAUUCCUAACGUUCCAGGCUAGGAAUUUUCUUGGAAUUUCUAGCCAAAUCGGUGAUGUUAAAUGAUCGAUGCUCUCAAAUGUGAUCCAGAGUUUUAAAUAAAUCAAGGUGGAUUUUUGGAGUACAUCCUUGAAGUUAACAUCUUGAUGUCUUUCUUGUUGUCAGAGAUGGUAUCUGACAUUUUUAAAUCAAUGUGCUACCCACCUGGGCUUGUCUCAGUUUGUGAUGACUUGGACUGUGGCAGUUUAAUCUGAGUUUCACACAUACCAUUUAUCUUGCAAAUAUUGUACUGUAAAGGGACUAUGCAUUAAGCAGAAAGAUAGAGUUUUCUCUAAACUACUGUAACCUUACAUUGGAGACUGAUUCUUGUGAGCCAACUUUCCCUAGUCCCUCACUUCAUGUAAAUGUCUUGAUGAGAGAUGAUGGAUGAGUAUUUUGUACGAUUAAAUCAAACCCUUUAGGAAUUCCCCUCCCACCCAAUACAAGUUUGAUGCCUGAAAGAAUGUUGAGCGAAAAACUCAACACCCUACUUGUAUUUUUUUUAAGUUUCUUUUGUGAAAGGUUUUUAAAUGCAUUUUUACUGUAAAAAUACAU